CCCCCCCCCUCCUCCAUCCGUCUCCUCUCCAUCUCAACAGGACGCAGGAUGGACCUCGUCAAUAAGCUGGUGGCUCAGGGUCAGUUCAGGGUCCUGAAGGUUCCUCUCGGCUUCAUCAAGGCCUUACAAUGGUUCUUUGCCAUCUUUGCCUUCUCCACGUGUGGAAGCUAUUCUGGGAUGUUCCGGAUGGCGGUGGAGUGUAAGAACCGGACGGAGAGCGACUUGAGUAUCGAGGUGGAGUUUGAGUAUCCGUUCAGACUCCACCAGGUGUACUUUGACGCUCCCACCUGUCGGGGGGGUGACAAAGAGCGUCUCUUCCUGGUCGGCGACUACUCCUCCUCGGCCGAGUUCUUUGUCACCAUCGGCGUGUUUGGGUUCCUCUACUCCACCGCGGCCCUCAGCAUCUACGUCUUCUUCUACGAGAAGUACAAGGAGAACAACAAGGGCCCACUGAUUGACCUGGGGGUCACUGCCGUCUUCUCUUUCAUGUGGCUUGUGAGCUCGGCAGCGUGGGCCAAAGGUCUCUCUGACGUGAAGACAGCCACCGACCCAGACGAGGUGGUCACGCUCAUCUCGGCCUGCGAGGUCGAGGGGAACAGCUGCCGCGAGGUCCACGAUCCGGUGAUGUCCGGACUCAACACCUCCGUGGCCUUUGGCUUCAUUAACCUGAUCCUGUGGGUGGGAAACCUGUGGUUCGUCUUUAAAGAGACGGGCAUCAUCGCUCCCUUCAUGAGAGCUCCGCCUCCUCAGGAGAAGGCCGCCGCCCCCGAAGCCUACGAACAGGACCCUUACGCCGGCAACCAGGGCGGCUACCAGCCGGAGUACAGCCAGCAGGGAUACAACCAGGAGGCGGAGUUCGGUCAGGGCUACAGCCAGCAGGGAGCGCCAACCUCCUUCUCCAAUCAGAUGUGAACAGACAGGAAGCAGGAAACGCCGGAGUGAGCCAACAGUGGGUCGCCUGCAACCUACCCACAAUGCAACACUCCUGUCUGCAAAGGGAAAAGGGGGGGUUAGAUGUCCUCUAUAAUGAAUUAAGGCGUUAUUCAUACUAAAGAACCUGGGAACAGAAUGUAUGUUUGUGUUGUAUAAAUAUCCCUUUUAACAGAUUAUAUAAAAUCGGCUGUUUCUUCUUGUUUCCUGUCAAACCCAAGAAUUAGAACAGCCCCUCGUUGUUUGCCCCGCCCCUGGGAUCAGCACAAGCCAAUCGCAAAGCCAGUCACACCGGGUUCACCAAUCAGUUCCAAACCAGAACCAGGUCAAACAGGAUCAAACCAGAACCUGCGUCCGCUGACAUCACGACCCAGCUGUUCACUGUUUGUCUUGCUGCAUGUAAAUAAAUACAGGAAGUGAUGUCACAGCGGAGACGCAGUGAACCCGGUCUGGACUACAGAUCCAGAAUGGCUCCCGGUACCAAUAUGAUCAAUAUGAUCAAUAUUCAUGUUCAAUAUAAAAAUGUAUUGAUCUCAAUAUGUUCAGUUUCAAACCGGACUUUCAUUAAAUAAAUAGACUCCUUUCACGUCGCUGGCGUUUCCUUCAAAUUAAAAGACUACAUUUUGUGAAAGAAUGAGGAGUCAGUUGUAAACUAUAACGCUUCAUUGUUGAAUGUGAACGAAGCUGUUACCUGUUACCUGUUACCUGUCUCCUCCUCGGCUCUCAGCCAAUCGGAAGCUGUGAGCUGGUCUUUUUUUUGUAAAAGUCUUUCCGGGAAGUUUCUGGGUCUGAAAACAAACUAGAUGCUUCUUCUUCUUACCUUGUUUUCUCUGGUUUGUUGGGAAGGUGAAGAAGUUCCUCCUCCGCAUGAGACGUGUUUCCUGCUUGUGUUGUUCAAUAACUGAUGAUCAGUGUGAUUCUACUUCCUGUUCUCCUGUACAGGUGUGUGUGUGCCAAUAUGUUUUCUUCUUCUACUUCUAUUUGAUCAUUUCCCUUUUCUGUUUAUUUUAACUUCAUAUCUGUUUCCUGCCUCCUUUUGUAUCUCUCAUUUUCAAAGUCUUUCCUUACUUACUCCCUUCUUCCCUCUCCUCUUCCGCUUCCUCCUCCUGUUCCCCAACCUCUUCCUCUUCAAUCUUCCUUCUCUUCCUUUUCCUUCUUUCCUCCCUCCACUUUUUCCUGCUCUUCCACCUCCUUGGUCGUUCUUUUCCUCUAUGCGUCUGUGAUGUAACUUCCUGUGUGGUGAUAUUCUAUUCAGCAUCAGUAACCAUGGCGACGGUGUUAAAAGUGAAGAUGAUGUAUAUGAGUCGUUGCUAUGAAGACCCCCGACUUCCCCCAUGUAUUUAUUCAAUGGAAAGUUUCAAUAAACAUCCAAGUGGUCUGA